AUGAAACUUCACUGUAAUGUAGAAGUUAAUAACAGAUUAUAUUCAACAAAUGUAAUAAAAAGAAAAUCACAACGUUCCAUUUUAGCAAUUGGGAGACAAACAGUAAAAAGUACAGAAUUAUAUAUUCUUUGGCAAACAUUACAGAAUAAGCAGGGUACUAAAUAUAAGCUUAACAAUAAUGUAGAUAAUAUAUUUACAAAAUUUAUCCAUGAGGGAAAGGCUACAAUUCGUUUAAUAGAACCACCUUAUGAUGUAAUUAUUCAAUCUGAUACCAUUCAACUAAAAAGUUUCAUUCAUAUUUUAAAACUUGGGUUAAGAAAUAAGCUAGACCCAUCAAUUCUUGCUAUAUCAAAUUUAAACCCUAAAAAGAUGAAUCCUGUAUCAAAUUUAAAGAUUAAAGUGACAAUUAAUAAAUCUUCAGAAUAUCCAACUUUAGAAGGUUUCCCAAGAACAACAGAAGAGUUAUACUUAGUUGGACUAAAUAGAAAAUCAUUUGAUAGACAAAUUUUAAGGCUUCAGAGUUUGAGAAUUUUAAACUUGUCUAAUAAUCUGAUUUCAUCUUUACCAAAAGAAUUAGGUACUUUACACCAUUUGCAAGAACUUAUUUUAUCAAAAAAUCGACUUGAUAAAGUUACAAAAUGGGCAUGGUUAGAUCAAGUUGCUAUCAGAUCUAAUUUAAAGUUAUUAGACAUAAGUAAUAAUUUGUUAGUGAAAUUACCAGAACAAAUUGGAAAACUUGGAGGUCUUGUUAAUUUUAAGGCUAGCCAAAAUAUGUUGUCAUAUUUACCACAAAGUCUUGGUAGAUUAUCUAAUUUAAAAUAUUUAGAUGUAUCAAAAAAUACUUUACGUUGUAUGCCUGGUAGUAUGAGAAAUUUACAUCUCCUUUCAUUGGAUGUGUCUGAUAAUACAUUUAAAACUGCAGAUUCAUAUUCUUCAUGGAGAAUAGAGGUACCAAGUUUAACAGAAUGCGCAGCUAGAUCGUUUCUUAAAACAAGGUGUUCAUACGAUGCAAGUAUAAUUCCAUUUACAUUAGUAAAAUAUUUGGAUGAAGCAAAGUACUGUGUUUGCGGUAAUGCAUGUUUUCAUUGUUACAUACAAAAAUUUGUAGAUUUCCAUUUAAAUAUAGUAGCUACUGUUAUAAAAUCGUCAGGAAAUAUUACAGUACCAUUUGAUUGUUAUUUUUGUUCAAUAAGAUGUAUAUAUCAUUUUGCAAAGUUGCACAUAUGCGGUUCAGAAUGGAUUGCCCUGUGUGCCAGGCAUCGACAAUCUGUGGACGAAGUUUCGGUCAAACACAUCAAAAAUUGA